AUCCGUUAUAGCAUAAUGGAAUCCGGAUCCAACAAAGAUACCUCCUUAUUCGCAACUUGGGAGUAAUCAAUUCGCAGGGAAGUAAAAGGGGUUUUCAACUUUGAGUAACUGAGUGUGAGAACAAAUAACAAACACUGAAGAAGUUUGUUUCAUCACAGUUUUGAUUUCAAAAUGCGAUCCACUCCUACCUUCACCAUCUUCGCCAUCUUCUUCAUCACAAUCCUUCCCCAUGGACACUCAUCCUCACCAUUUUCUACUGCCCUCGAAACCCUCCAGAAACAAUUAGGGUACAACUUCACGAGCGUAAGUCUUCUUCGUCGUGCCAUGACUCACGCUUCCUUCUCCCAAGAGAACAACAAAGCUUUCAGCAUUGUUGGUGCUACUAUCAUAGAAUCAACGGUUUCUUUCAAUUUGAUUUCAAAAUACAUUGAUAUUUCUGCCAAAGAGUUGAACCAUAAAUUAUCACUAAUCUCUAAUGUGGACUCUUCAUGUGCUGUUGAUGGAAUCAAUUUGGGUUUACAUAAGGUUGUUCGUGUCUCGUCUAAGACGAAUAGUUCUUCCACUGCUGUUGUUUGUGGUGCUUUUCGAUCAAUCUUUGCUGCUAUUGCUAUUGAUACUGGUAAUCCAUGUAAUGCUGGUAAUUUUUUCUUGAAUAUUCAUGGUGGUCUUGAUCUAGGGGUUUACGCCGCCAUGUGAAAUGUUGCUCCAAUUUUAUGUUUGUCUUUCAUGUUGAACACUUACUUCUUAGUGACUCGUGUAUUUAGUUGUUUGUGUUAAGUUUUAGUUUAUCUAAUUCACUCUAAUUAGUAAUAGACCUGUGGUUGUUAAGCUGUGAAAUGCAAUGUAUGAUAUUAUAACUGAAUUGUGUUAAUUGAAUCAAGAUAUAUAUAACCGGUUGGUUUUAUAUUAUCA